ACGCCCGCGGACAAUCAAAGUGACGUUCAAGGGCGCGAUAUUGUUCCUUCAGGCUUGGACCAACAAGUGGAUCAAUCUGGAAUGGUGAUCCUCGCGGCGAAUGAUACCAUGGACACGGAGAGCCUCGAGCACGCCUUGGCAAUUGCCGAAUACGAGCCCCAGAGGAUCGUAAAGAAAGCUAAAAGGAAGACUAGUAGAUCCGACAGCCUCAAUUCCGAUUCCACGGUACCCAUCAGCGAGAACGCAGCCCUACCAGACGUUGACAACACUUACUACGAGGUGCCACGAUCCCCUCAACCGAAGAAGCUUCAACAAAACUUCAAACUUGUUCGUGAAACCCAAAAAUCGCCCGAUACAGAAUCAAAGCUCAAGCCUACGGCCACAGGCUACCUCUACCCCGUAGCAGGACCUGCCAAAGUGACCAGACAGAGGUAUUCCAAGGAUCGUCCAUCGAGAAAUCCUGAAACCACCGACUCCAAGUUAGAAAACAUCCUUCCAGGUGACUCUAAGGGGCCAACAAGUGUCAUCGCCCCCUCGAUCGAGGAUUCCAACUCCGCCAAAACGCCGAGAAGGACGAAGACCCGCAAGCGUCUCGCAGAAAAGGGUUGGAAUCGACUGGACGCAGCUCGUUCACAAGACACCGCUAACAGUUACGUUGGUGACCCUCCUACGACGCGUGGUGCGACGAAAUAUAGACGUUUGGCAUCCUUGGUCAAGUACGAUGCCGCCCACAGGUCAGUGUCUCCUAAAACGAAUCGGGAGAGUGGAUCGGACAACUUGCCGCACGAAAGCACAGCUCCUGGUGGCAACCGCUGGGCUAACAACGGGAAUUCCCGUACAAAUGCAUCGAGGAGCAACGACGGAGAGUCUAAUGGCGGCGAUUUGCGGACGACUGACCCCAUUAGGAGUCCGCCUGGGCUGAAUAGGAAGUUGCACGGGAGGAACGACAACAGAAGGAGCUCCGCUGAGCAGAUACGCGUGUCCAGUAGUCCUCCGGUCCCUGCAGUGAGGCAAAAAUCUUUGGAGUACACAGAAACCGUCACGGAGAGGACUCUUGUUCCUUACAGGAUCCAACCGUCCUCCGAAGAGACUAAUUUGUCUGGAGAUGAAAGACUGGAAAGGAAAUCCCUGCAACAUGGUUAUAUAAAUGACCUAAAAGAUCUACCAGUGACUCCAGGCCUAGAUGUCUACCAAAAUAUUAAAGCCCCAGGUGUUGUAGUAUAUGCCGUCAGCCCGGUCUCGACUACAGAGCUACCCUCCACCCCUACCAACCCCUACUCAGCUAGUCUAGUGUUCUAUCCGACACGAACGCCGGGCCAGAGGUAUCAAGUCAGCACGGAGGACUCCUGGAUUUCACCGGGGAAGCUGAAUCGUGAGAGAGAUUGGAGCUCUGGUGAAAUGAAGACGGAGGGAGGGGUGACUGAUGUAGUGGCCGAAGCCACGAACCUAGGAAGCGAUGAGGAUGAAUCGAAGGAUCAAAGAAGAGCUGAGGUUCACGUGAUACUCGAUGAAGGACACCCAAGCAAGUCUGGCGAUAGCGUUGAGGAUAGGCAGGAGUACCUUAAAGAUGAACGGAACGGUCUAACUGAUGAUAAGCAUAAUCAAUAUGACGACAAUAAGCAUCAGCAGGGGAAGGAUGACGUUGAACAUGGAGGUGACAGUCUGCACCAGCCCACGCAAGAGAACCAGCGUCAUCAGAAGGACGGAGGAGGCGGAGGUGGGAACAGCAAAUUUGAGAAGGGCGAGGGCGCUGAACACAUGGAGGGCCACCACGCGUCUGAGGGUGAAGAGGGAAAGAAGGUCUAUAAGAGCUGGCACGACCACGAGGAAGCCAACAAAGGCCACAGCGACAAGGAACGUCAGAGCAAUCACUUCGACGAGAAGGAUGGCAAGCAAAAAGAGCACGAAGAGGAAGGCGGGUACCAUCAGCACCACGAAGGAGGCGAGAAGUCGGCGAAGGAGGCGGAAUUCGACGAGAAGGGUGAACAUCAGAAAGGUUACAACACCAAGGGCCAACAUUCUGUGCACAAAAAGGACGAGUACGAGAAGCGGACAGAGUUCUUUGACGAGUUCGACGAGGACGGCGAAGAAGAGGAGGACGGCGAGUACCAUCGCGAGUACAAGCACGCGAAGGGAGGUCACGAGAAGGUGAGCCACCACAAAGAGGGCGACCACGAGGAAAAGUACGGCAAGGAGGAGAAGCACGAGAAGGGCAAGAUGCACCACGAGGACAAAGGUCACAAGAUCAGCGAGGGUCGAGACACUCACUACGAUCACGAUGAGAUGCACGGGAAGAAAGAGAAGCACGAAGGAGGGAAGAAGUGGGAUUACAAAAAAGGCGACGAAGGAAAUGCUGGUGGAAAAGAUGAGAAGUCCGAUUAAUUUCAUUGUUCUGGCUUGUUGUAGAAGCUUUUACGCAUUCUUUGCUAAAGGUUAAUUAAUUGGAUGGCAUUAUGACAGAAGAACCGUAGAGGACGUGAUUCUAUAACUAGAUACAAGACGAAAUGGUGGAAUAAAUUUGUUUCGUUCCGUGCCUUGUUUUCCAGAAAAUUGACUUUGAAUAUACGCGAGAUACGCGCGCCCUCUAGCAUGGCGUCGUGCUGCGCGCGCAAUUCAAUAUGGCGUCUCGGUGCGUCCGAACUUAACGACUAUGAAGUCGUUUUAAUCGCAAAGGGAGGCACGUAUGAAAAAAUGGUGUUCCACACGAUCGUUUCACUUUUUUACAAGGAGUACUAUUCUCCUCGACUCAGCCACGAAUUUUACACUAUAGCGAUAGUCCGCUAGCAUACAUGUUUGUAAAUAGAAGUGUAUUACGCAUAUUUAUGCACGCCGUUUGUUAUAUAUCGC